AUGAUGCUUCCAAAAAAUAUCGCGGCACCCGCGAGCGCCGCCAUCACCGGCUCCGAUGGAGACCGAAGCAAGGAUUUCUCCCGGAGUUGCGCCGACCACCAGCCGCCACCGACCACCACCUACCAACCACCACCCCUGCUGAGAGCAACCUCACUCCGGCCGCAAGAUCCCUCGAUCCACCGCAACCAGACACACACCACCUCCCCGGCCGUAGCCGCCGCACCACCAAAUCCGGGGCUACCGCCCCAGCAACCGAAGGCCUCCACCGCGCAGCCGCCGCACGCUGCACAGCCAGAGAGGAAUCCCGAGCAGGGAGGGGGGCCGCCACCCCACCCCAACUCGCCGGACGAGCUGCCAGAUCCGCCGCCCGUCAGCCGAAACACCAGCCGGCACCAUCACGACACCAAGCUGGAGACCGCAGCAAGGGCCCCUCCACGACGCGCAGCAGGGGGCCGAGCCUCCCUCCACCCCAGCACCACCGUCCGCGCCGGCCGCAGCUCGCGAGGAUCCAGAUCGGGCCCGCACGGGCGCCACGACUCCGCGACCGGAUCCCGCGCCUCCCGCUGGAGACCUCCUCCACCGCGAGCCAGGCCCGCCCCGGAGCCAAGCGCCGGCCAGCCGCCGCCCACACGUCGAAUCCCCUUCCCGCGAGCGAGCAGCGGCCAGAAAAGCGCCCCGCCACCGCCGGCUCCGCGCAGGCUUUGCCUGCCGGAGGCCACCGGCGACGGCGAGGGGGAGAAAGGAGGCGGGAGGGGCGGAGGCUGA